AUGCCUCGAUCGCAUUCACUACAGGAACUCUCAAUGACCGAGGGUCAGCAAGACUUGGAGCUGGAUGAAGAAAUAGAAUCACUCCAAUCUCAAAUAUCAACUCUGAAAGCCGAACGCUCCCUAUACGUAUCUACCAUUUUAUCUUGUCAACAUACUCGCUUGGCACUCAGUAAUUUCCACGCUCAAAAUGAGUCGGUGGCAGACUUAGACGUUGCGCCUAUAAUUUCUGCCGCAGAAGCCCAGUACAAUCACAACCAAUCUAACCUCUAUCGCCUGUGUGCAACAAUCACAACUUUUGAAAUCCAAGAUCCCGACCCUUACGCCAUUGAUAAUGGACGCUUAUUAGCUCUACGAUUUGACGUGAGCAACCGAGGAAAGUAUGUUCGGCCUUACUAUGUAAUGUUAAACCAAGCUCGAAAUGGGGAAGAAAAACUCAUAAGAAUCCAUCGACACACGCUGCCGCCAGCAAUUCCAAUCGAUAGUCUGUUCAGGCGGUAUAUGUCACAGGAUAGAGAUACACUAGCUAAUAGCGUUCAAUUAAAAUACUUAGCGCCCGGAAAAUCAUUACUCCUUUUCUCUCGUGCUCUUCGACGUGCUAUCAUCGCAUAUCACAACCGUCUAUUAGCCAUCGAAACACUUCGUACAGAAUUUACGCCCAGAAAGACAGGGAACCUAAAGGAAACAAUCCAUCUUCAUACCCUUAAAGACAUAACAGCUACAAACGCUGAAGCAACGCAGCUGUACAUAGAAUGGAUGGACGGACGGAUAGGACUGGUACUCAUAGAUGAGAAUGGCGUAGUGAAAAAAUGUGCAAUCCAAGGAGAGGAUGGCAGAGAUCGCGAAGCUGAAAACAGGGCUAUGUGCGGUAGAAUAGAGGGAUUGGGCCAGAGACUCAAAGGAUGA